AUGCCGUCGAUUAUGUCGUUCUUUCCCAGGGCUGCUGGGGAGGAUAUCGAUACCAGUGUGCAGAAGUGGAAUUAUGCUUGCCAGUCGCUAUGUAUCAUUGCCAUGACCAUGUUCUUUGGCCUGAGAGUGUACACGCGACUUUUUAUUCUUAAUGGAUUUGGCAAGGAAGAUUGGGUUUGUAUGGCAGCAUGGUUUCUCGGUGUUUGCUACUCAAUCAUCGCCAUCGUCAUGGGGCAUUAUGGCGGAGGUCUUCACUUCGCCGAUGUCCCUAAAGAGAACUUCAUUCCAUUCGAAAAGACUGUAUACGUGACAAUGGUCAUGUAUGGACCAACAGCCUACAUCACCAAAUUCUGCCUUCUCUGGAUCAUGACCCGCGUCUUCAACCCAUUCCGACGAGCGGUCAUUUUCAUCUACGUUUUCAUGGGCGUCAUGCUCGCCUACUACAUCCCCGCAGUCAUCGUCAAAAUUCGACUCUGCAACCCAGUCGCUCGGUUCUGGGACCGAACCAUCCCAGGCACCUGCAUGGACGAAACAGCCAUUAUCAUGGCCGACGCCGUCGUCAGCGUGACCAGCGACCUAAUCGUCCUCCUCCUCCCUCUCCCUCUCACCCUCAGCCUCCAAAUGCCCAACAAGAAGAAGAUGAGAGUUAUCGGAAUUCUCGGAGCGGGCGGAUUGGCUGUGGCGUCCAGUAUAAUCCGUCUGAUCUUGAUUGUCGUCACGGCCACCUCUAAAGACAUCACGCUCGCCUUCAUGCGAGUCAAUAUGCUUGGCAACGCCGAAGUCUCAAUCGGUGUAAUCUGCACCUGUCUACCCGCCCUCAGCGCCCUCCUCAUGAAAAUCUACCACGAACACUCAAGCAACAAAGCAACAACCCACCCCUCAGACUACAGACUCGACACAAUACAAAACCAAAGCCGAACAGAGCGUAGCAGGAAGCAGAUGAGUGUUCGGGAGAUGGACUCGGACGAAGAUAUGCUUGUGUACAAUGCGCAGGGCAAUCCGAGGAUUGAAACGACUAUUCACGGCGACACUGAACGACAGGAUGUGCGGGGUUCGCCGUUUGGCGGGAUCGGAAUUACCAGGACGGUUGAUGUUGAUGUUUCGACGUCAUUGGAGAAACAUUAG